CACUCACUUAGACAAGGGGUGUACAAUUUCUUUCAAGCUUAAUUCUACAGGUACUAAUGGAGGCUAAAGUGCUUAUGCCACCAAAAAUUCAACAAACCUUCCAAAGUAUGGAUGAAGUAUAUGAUCUGAUUUCGAGAUCAAGGCCAGUGCAGGACUACAAUGACGGCAUACGAAAAGCAAGGAGUGCUGAUUCAAUCAUGGGUAAAUUGCCAAAUGAUGGGCAUUUUCCCUGGUUCAGCUCAAGGAUGAACGGAAGCUUCGUUAGGAAGGUGAGUUCAGAGAGAUCAGAUUUGACUGCUGAUGGUGGAAAUACUGCAGAAAACUUGUUAGCCACUGUUGCAGCGAUCGAUAACGGCACAAGAAGCACAGGAAAAAGCGAGCAUGUGGUUAACUAUAGAACUAUCUUGUCAUCACCUGAAAAACAAGAGAAUGCAACACAUGGGUUCAUGGAUGGCAACAAAGACAAAGAAUCAGCAUUGUGGAUGAAAAUCAAGAAAGAGCCUAGCUUCCCUAUAUAUCUCAAGUUUUCAGAUGUGGGAUACAAGGUCAGAAGAGUAAAUGAAAGGCCUAGUCCAGUUUCAAAUUCGAUGGAGUAUGUUCUUCAAGGAGUUACAGGGUCAGUGGAACCUGGUGAGAUUUUAGCUCUUAUGGGGCCAUCAGGAGGUGGUAAAACAACUCUGCUUAAUAUCCUGAGUGGAAGAAUAAAAAUUAAGAGUGACAGCGGAAGCAUAACUUAUAACGAUCAACCAUACAGUAAAGCACUCAAGCAAAGGAUAGGAUUCGUGCUGCAAGAUGAUGUAGUCUUUACCAGCCUAACAGUGAGAGAGACCUUGACUUAUGCUGCUCUUCUUAGACUUCCCAAAACAUUAACUAAACAGCAGAAGGAAGAAAGGGUCAUGAAUGUCAUCUUUGAUCUAGGACUUGAAAGGUGCCAAGAUAUGAUAGUAGGUGGAGCUAGUGCAAGAGGAAUUUCAGGUGGCGAAAGGAAGAGAGUUUGUAUCGGGAGUGAAAUCCUGCUUGAUCCAUCACUUCUUUUUUUAGAUGAACCAACAUCUGGUCUUGAUUCAACUACAGCAAUUAGGAUAAUUCAGAUGCUGCUCAACAUUGCCCAUGCAGGAAAAUCUGUGGUUAUUACUAUACACCAGCCUUCCAGUAAAAUAUUCAAUAUGUUUGAUAAGUUAAUUCUCUUGGGCAAAGGCAGUUCCUUGUAUUUUGGAAAAGCAUCAGAAGCAAUGAUAUAUUUCUCCUCAAUUGGUUGUCGCCCUCUCAUACCAAUGAACCCAGCCGAGUUUCUCAUAGAUCUAGCCAAUGGGAACAUCAAUGACAAAUCAAUACCUAUGGAACUGGAACUUAAGUCCUUAAAUGGGAGUCAACAAAUCAAAUGCCAUGAAGACAGCCCUUCUCCAAUAGACAUUCAUGAAUAUCUUCUGGGAGUAUAUGAAACCAGAGUUGCGGAUGUAGAAAAGCAGAAGCUUCUUGCACCAGCUGCAUUUGACAGGAGGUGGAUAGUGCAAGGAGGAACCAGCUCAAAUGACUUAAGGGUUAAUUGGUUGGAGCAGUGCCACAUUCUUUUCUGCAGGGGUCUAAAAGAAAGGCGCCGUGAAUACUUGAACUGCAUCCAGGUCACUCAAGUCAUAACAACCGCAACAAUUAUUGGGUCACUGUGGUGGGAUUCUGAUGCUUCUUCACCAAAAAAACUACAAGAUCAGGUAGGAUUGCUGUUCUUCAUGUCUGUAUUUUGGGGUCACUUCCCAGUUUUUGCUGCUAUUUUCACAUUUCCUAAAGAACGAGCUAUGCUAUCUAAAGAGAGAUCAGUGGACAUGUACAAACUCAGUGCAUACUUCAUUGCUAGAACCAUGAGUGAUCUACCUUUGGAUCUCAUCCUACCAACAGUCUUCUUGCUCAUUGUCUAUUUCAUGGCAGGAUUGAGAUCCGACUUUGUGGCAUUUCUAAAUAGUAUGCUAACGAUAUUUUUGACCAUUGUGGCUGCCCAGGGUUUGGGACUGGCCGUAGGUGCAUCUAUGAUGGACGUCAAGAAAGCUACGACAUUAGCUUCUGUCAUCAUUAUUACUUUCAUAUUAGCUGGAGGUUACUUCAUAGAGAAGACCCCAUUCUUCAUGGAAUGGAUCCGCUAUUUGUCUCUCAACUACCAUGCCUAUCGUUUGCUCCUUAAGGCACAGUAUCGAUGCACAAACAAGAGCCACAACAGCUAUGUUCCUUGUGAGUCACCUUACAUAAAAGGAUUCAGACUUGACAAUGGAGGGAUGGAAGUGGGAGCUUUGAUAGCUAUGGCAUUUGGGUACAGAAUAUUAGCUUAUCUUUUCCUAAAGAAGACAAUAGUCCAAAGUUCCUAAGGCUAAAAACAUGAACAAGAAUUGAGCUUCAUCAGAACUUCAGCUACUUUAUGCUUUCUACAUAACAUUGUAGUAAGUAAUGAGAAGUUUGCUCAACACA